AGAAAAAAGAAUAACCGCAUAAUGUAUAUUUUGGCGUAUCCACGUGGAACGAAGUUGAUAUAUUCGUUAAAAAGCACAUACAAUUGGAAACUUAUAUUUAAUUUAUUAAAUGUAAAAUUUCAUUUCUUAUGGGAAUACUUUAAACAGUUUUUGAUAUUUAGAUAUGAAUUCACGUCUUGAAAGGAUUUAAAACAUUUUUUACAAACAACCCAAAUGUGUAUACCUUUUUCAUCCGAGCACGAGCAGCCAUAUUUGAAUACAGAGCAGUCGAAUUGUCAAGGACAUAAACAUCAUAAAAGUUUAAAAAACGCAAUAAGAAGAUGCAUAAUACAAGCGCGAGUGAUGUUUGCACGUGACAUUCGUGAAGCGCAUGCACUACAUAUAUAUUCUAGCAGGAAUGAUGGAACACAUCCAAUGUUAAAUCGACAGACCAUUUUCCUACCAGGAACUGUUUCCCAACAUUUUUUAUGACACAGAAAAAAAUAGUUUCAAAUUGACAUGAGAAUUAUCGUGUAAUUAUUUGCUUUCAUUUAUUAUAUGAUUAUUUUUCUAAAAGGGUACGAUGAAUGAUAUAUGAAUGAAAGAUUUGUUGUAAAUAACAUGAAUAAACAUAGGCUUGAAACACAGCCGCAACAAGUUUCUGACGACCAAUCAAGUCAAGGAAAAAAUGAAAUUGCCUUUUCAAACGGAUUUUCAUAUUUAUCGAUUGACCUUGAAAAUAAAAGUCCAACCGGAAAUCAUCACUUGUUUACAGAAAAUUUUCUCAGAAAUCAGCUACGAUCAAGAACACAGCCGCCUGUCACAAAUUCAGUACAUGUAAAGCCGUCUGGCAGACCCGCAGUCCCUCCUAGAUACCCAGAAUAUGCGGGUUAUAGCGAAAGGUUGCGUUCAUAUGCAAGAUGGACCAAAAACAAUCCCGAUCCUACUUCUUUAAGUAAAGCUGGAUUUUUCUUUACAAAUCAAUACGACCUGGUCCGUUGUUUUCAAUGUGGGAUAGGCUUAAAAAACUUCUACCUCGGAGAUGAUCCUUUGGAAGAGCAUGUGCGAAAUUUUCCGACUUGCCAAUAUCUGGAAGAUUAUCUUGGAAAAGAACGCUUGUCGGCAAUAAAGGAAAAGUUUCAACCAACCAUAGAUUCAAAUCAUGAACAAAACACACCUGAAUUAUUUGCAAACACGCAUAUAAACGAAGAUUGUCGACAUCCGGAAUAUUCUAGCGUUCAGUCACGGAUUGCUACUUUUGUUGGAUGGCCAAGACAUAUAUUACAAAGGCCACAGGAUUUAGCGGAAGCUGGCUUAUAUUAUACAGGUAUUGAUGACCAAGUACGUUGUUUUACAUGUGAUGGUGGACUCCGGAGAUGGGACCCUGAAGAUGACCCAUGGACGGAGCAUUGCCGUUGGUUUCCUACAUGCUCGUUUGCCAGACGAAUGAAAGGAGAAUUGAUAGCAUUGAUUCAAUCGUCUACUAAAUUAACAAAUGGGGUAACUGAUAAGUUUUUCUUAAUUGUGAAUCUUUUAAUUUAACAUGUGCAUCACAACGUGUACGAAAUGAAAUACAACCAAUGUAUUUUUAUUAUGUUAAGGAUGACGACCAGUCAAGUCAUACAGAACAUAUUGAAAAGUCGGCGGAUAUUUCAAGUAAAAUGGAGCAAAUGACGCUGAGAGAUCCAGAGCUUCAAACUUCUUUGCAAGAACAUAAAGACACUUGUUUAGAAAUGGGCUUUCAGUUAAAAGAUAUCAACGCUGCUGCUGAAGAAUUGAUCAUGCAAGGUAAGGUGAAACCUACAAUAGAUGAACUAAUAGACACAAUCUAUAACAGAGAAACACAACUCCGGAUAGAAAAAGAACAAGAGAUCAUUGAACAUGAAACUCCUUUAGAAGAAAAUAAGAGGCUAAAAACUAUCAUCAUUUGCACGAUGUGUGAACAAAACAACACUAAUGCUCUAUUUCUGCCCUGUACUCAUCAUCGUUUCUGCAUGGAAUGCGCAGAACCAUUAAGACGGUGUCCAGUUUGCGAUAAAGUUAUACGUCAAAAGAUACGCACAUACUUAGUUUAAAAUUAGAAAUUCGAAUAUCUUGUAAUUCAAAUUAUAUUACAUUUUAUGAUCUGCA